AUGACAACGCUUUCCGUCGGAGAAGCUCCUGUGCAGGUAAAAACAAACUUUUGAAGAAACCUCAUUUCGAAUUUUGAGGAAGAAGCGUCGGAUUUGGCGCGAAGAAUGAUACACCGUAUCAUGAGAUUUGGAACUGUCGAUGGGUUUUCAGAUGACCAAAUUUGUCAAAUUCUUAGAGCCGUUCGGACUUCCGCUCCAGAAAAAAAAAUGUUCUAUUUUCAAGGCAAAGACCGUUCUGGCGCCGCUGCCGGCGCUGAUCCCGAUAAGUUCACCGGUUGUCGUAUUUGGCGACCUCCACGGACAGCUUGGCGACUUGCUCAGGUUUAAAAUUCCUUUUUUUUUAGUAAUUAGAAACUCUACAGAUUUUUAAAAGUUGUUGGUAAACCGCCAAAAUAUCAGUUGCUAUUCUUGGGCGAUUACGUAGAUCGCUGCAAAAAAUCUUUGGAAGUUUGUCUUUUUUUUUCUUUUUAUAUUUCGUCUUGCAGGCUCAUGAAAUAAAAAUUCUCUAUAAUCCAUUCACCGCUAGGUUGAGAAUACUUUUUUUAGAAUUUCGAAAAAUUCAAGAAAUAAUGGAAAAAAAAGGGAAAGCGGAAAAAAUGGUGCAUAUGAGCCGAUGAAAUUUCGUAAGGAGGCAAUGAAAAAGGAACUAUUCCCCCACUCCCAAAAGGAAUAUUUCUAUGGAGCCUUUUUUCGGCCCUUCCGACUUUGCCUAUCUCGAAGUGCGACGUUCAAACUUUGGUUAUUUUUUCCUUUGGCCCGAAUUCGUUCAAAUCUCUUUUUUUCUCAUUUGCAUGAUCAUAGAAAAAUCAAAAGAGUCAAAAAGGAAAGCGUGAAAAAAAAGCGAGCAAAAUGAUCACGAUAAAAAGAGGAUGCAGACAUCAGACUGUUCCCCGUUGUAACGACUAAAGCAUACAGAAACGUAUAAAAGUCUUUUCAGACCAGCGGUGAAUGGACUAUUAUUUUCCUUUCAAAGUAGAUUUUUCCUCGAAUCGCAUGCAAUUUCCUUUCAGUUGAUGUUACUUUUGUUUUGUAUGAUGCUGAGAUAUCCGAAUCGAGUGCACCUUUUGCGGGGAAACCACGAAGUGCAGAAAGUAAACCGUAUCUACGGUUUCUAUGAAGAGCUUCGUCGAAAACGCAACUCGGCGAUCUGGACCCUGUUUCAGGAAGUUGAAACGGCGACAGCUUCAUGAAUUUAAGCUUGGAUUGCAGGUUUUUGCCGAGUUUCCACUCUGUGCAAUGAUUCAGGGCAAAAUCCUGUGUAUGCACGGUGGAUUGUCGGAGCUUCUCAAAAACCACAAUAGUCUUGAAGUUCUAACCGUGCGUUGAAUACAUUAUCAGUCAGAAAAAGAGAGCCAUUCUGAGUUCAGAAGCCAAAGAAACCAAUCGAGUGCGACACCGGCCUUGCGGUGGAUCUGAUGUGGUCGGACGCCAACAGAGAUACUUCUGCUCCGAGCUUCAAAUUUAACGCUGUAAUUUAUUCUUCAGUUUUCAAGCUGCUAAAAAUCGGCUCAUGAAGGUGAUAUAAUCUCUAAAUUAAGUUCCGAAAGAAUCGAUUUUUUAAAGUUCGAAAAAUUUGCUUGAAAGUGUUAUUUUUGUUCAAAUUUGGAUUUUAUACGAAAUAGGAGACGGGCGUCAAUUCAACCUGAUUCUUCAAGCUUUUAAAAAACAAAAAAGACUGAACCGAAAAUGUGUUCCCUAUAGUUUCCAGAAAUAUUCAAUAUUUUAUCUUAUCCAACAGAAAAAGGAUAUCUGACAAACAUUCCCUCCAGAGUCGCGGAGUAUCUGUUCUUUUCACGAAAGCAGACGUUGAGAAAGUCUGUGAAGAACUGAACGUCGACAUGAUCAUCCGCGCCCAUGAACUUGUUCCAGUAUGUUUUUCCCUUUUGAAAGAAAAAAAGCCGGCCUAGGACGGACACGAGUUUCUUUUCGAAAAUCGCUUGCUGACGCUCUUCUCGGCUCCCAAUUACUGUGGAAAAGAGAACAAUUGCGGAUCGGUAAUGGAUUUCCAUUUGGAAUUUCUAACUUUCUUUUCACUUGGCAGGUCCUCAAAAUCAGCAAGUCACUGAAAAUGUACAUUGUGUCGUUGAAGCCAAAAAGAAACCAAGCCGCCCUGAAAGAAGAACGAGCUAAAAUUUUGACCGAUUUGAACGCCGUCAAUUUCAAAAAUCCUGAUCCUUGUAUGUAUAUUCCGUGGAUCAAGCGGAAAAAUCGAAAAUUCCCAGGCUGCCGUCGAGUAAAACGCCGCACUUUGGAGAAGGUGCCGGAACUGGCGAUCGACUUCCAGAUGAGCUUCACUCCGCCCGCUCACGUGGUCCAACAACCUAAAGCCUACCGCAAAACGAGGUUUUGAACUUUAAAAACAAUUAUAAGUUUUGAGCUAACAUAAGCCAAAGGAUUCUUAGAAGAGUCCAAUAUUAUGGGUUUUGAAGAAUGGGUUCGCACACCAAAGGAGAUUUUCAGCGAGAGCUACUCUUUGAGUCAGGUCAAGAACCUGAUAACUGAAGCGACAAAGGCCAAUAUCAUUUCUGGAAGCACAUCUUCGGACUCAAAAGAAAGCUCGUCCAGUAAUUGAAAGUUCGGCAGAUGACCAGAAAUUCGCUCUUUUUCAGCCAAUUCUGCUGAGACAUCUCCAAACUCUGGAUCAUCUUCUACACAAGAAGGUUUGAACUUUAUUGAAAAUCUUCAAAAAGACAAAAAAUUUUCAGGCAAGACACCGGCUUCAGUGGUUAUGAAGAAAGUAUCUUUUGAAAAAGUCGACGAACUGAAUCUCAAAAAUUCAUCUUGA